AUGCAGAAUGAGGAAGGUGACUCGGAUUGUGUAUAUUCUGAUGAUUUAAAGAGUUUGAAUAGUGACUGUGAUUCUGAAAAUGAAGAUUGUGACUUCCCCAAACACAACCCAAAAACUGAUGUUCUGAAUCCCAAAUUAGUGUUGGGAAUGAUAUUUGGUAACAAAAAAGAGUUUAAGGAAGCUGUGAUUGCAAAUCAAGCCACAAUAGGAAAGUCAAUCGAGUGGAUUAAAGAUGACCGAGAAAAAGCUAGGGCUAAAUGCAGAAAGCCUGAAUGUAAGUGGAAGAUAUUGGGCUCACUAAUGCAAAGGGACACUCUAUCUUUCCAAAUAAAGAUGUUUGAGUCUGAGCAUACUUGUUUUGGAUGGAAUUACAAUAAUGAAAGUGUCAAUGCUAGCUGGAUUGCAAGGAGGUAUGUUGAUAAAAUAAAAUCAAAUAAGACUUGGAAAGUAUCAGAAUUCAGAGAUACGGUGAGUAGAGAAUUACAACUGCAUGUGAGUAUGCAUCAAGCAAGAAGGGCAAAAGAAAAGGCUAUUGCAAUGAUCGAUGGACAUAUAAAUGAUCAAUUUAGUAUAUUAUGGGAUUAUUGCAAUGAAAUUGUUAGAAGCAAUCCUGGGACUUCUGUUUUCAUGAAACUAACUCCAAAUGAAACUCCUAACAAGCCGAUGAGAUUCCAAAAAAUUUAUGUUUGCUUUGCAACUUGUAAAUUUGGUUUCAAGGCUGGUUGUAGGAAAAUUAUUGGGGUCUAUGGGUGUUGGCUUAAGGGUACUAUGUAUGGGGCACAAUUACUGUCAGCAGUUACUUUGGACGGAAAUAACAACAUCUUUCCAAUAGCUUAUGCAGCUGUCGAGAAGGAAAACAAGGAAACAUGA